AUGAUUUACGCCUUUCAAACUAACGAAAAGCUGUGCUUUAUUCUGGAUCUGAUGAAUGGUGGAGAUCUGCAUUACCAUCUCAGCCAACACAAUAUUUUUUCUGAAUCAGAAGUGAGAUUCUAUGCGGCCGAAGUGCUGUUGGGGCUUGAGCAUAUGCACCAUAGAUCUAUCGUCUACCGAGACCUCAAGCUGUUCAGGGCAGGACUGAUGCAUAUAUUGACCUUGGUUCCUCAGGGUCUUGAGUAA